AUGGGUCUUUGCUGUUCAUGCCACUCAACAUCUGUGGCCAAGUCUAUGUUGAUUUUACCUGACGGAAGCUUAAAGGAAUUCUCCUAUGCCGUCAAGGUUUCCGAUGUUCUUCAUAAGAACCCCGACACCUUCAUCUGUAACUCCGACGACAUGGAGUUCGACGAUAUUGUUUCCGCCAUUAAAGAUGACGAUGAACUUCAACCUGGUCAGCUCUACUUUGCCCUACCCUUGAAACGAUUGAAGUACCCACUUCAACCGGAGGAGAUGGCCGCAUUGGCGGUGAAAGCGGCUGCUGCAUUGGCCAAAGGUGGUUGUCGUCGUCGUCGUCAGAAAAAUAUCCGUUUCACGUUUUCUGGGGAGAAGGGGCGGGCGAGGAGCUCCAGUAAGGUGGCGGAUGCGGAGACUCUUGGGUUGAGCUACCGGAGCUACGGCGGUGGUGGUGGAAAGGGGCAGAACUUUAAAGCUAUGUUGAGUGCCAUACCGGAAUAG